UCGCAGCGCGGUGGAGAAACAGACACGUAGCAAAGCGAACUCCUCGCCAACAAAAUAAGAGAGCGAGAAAGGGAAAAAAAACACCAACUCGGGGAAACCGACUCGAUCAAGCCAGCCGCCACCAUGGUCACCACCCGCUCCGCCAGCAAGGCGCCGUCGACGCCCGCGCCCGCCCACAGCGGCGGCAGCCGCAAGUCGGGUGGCACGACGGCCAGCAGCAGCCGAGCCGGCAGCGUGAGCCGGGCUAGCGCCGGGUCGUCGUCGCCGUCGUCGUCGCGCGGGCCCGCGCCGUGGGCCCACGCGCCGAGCCGGCUGACGCUGCUCUGGCUCGCCGUGUCGCUGCCGCUCGUCACCUGGGACUCGGCGUACGUGCUGCUGCGGCCGUGGAGCAUGGAGGGCGGCUCGCUGCACUGGCCGCUGUGGGUGCCCUACCGCCUCUACGGCGAAGUCGACCACAUCUACGGCUGGAAGGCCUUCCACGCCCACACCGGCUUCACCGCCGCCCAGAGCCUCCUCAACGUUCUCGAGACUGCCUUCUACCUCGCCUACCUGUGGAUCUACCUCGCCUCCUCUUCCUCCCCCUCCUCCUCCUCCGACGCGACCCCGCGCGCUCGCGCCCUGGCUGGCCGCCCCGCUGCCAUCGCCGUCCUCGUCGCGUUUAGCGCCGCCGUCAUGACGCUAAGCAAGACUGUGCUGUACUGGCUCAACGAGUAUUUCUCCGGCUUCGAUAACAUCGGCCACAAUCCUCCCCGAGACCUAGUCUUGCUGUGGAUCAUCCCGAAUGGCCUGUGGCUCGUCUUCCCUACCUACCUCAUCUACGUCCUGGGCGGCGAGAUUGUGGAGGGCCUGACGGCGGCGUCGACCGCCGUAUCUGUCAAGUCCGAAUAAAAAAAUCAACUCUCUAUUUGGUUAGUCGUUGAGUGGCCAAGAGAGCGUCUUAGUUUUGAAUUUGUACGAGCGUGCCUUGUGUGAGGGUAAUACAUCGUGUAUAAUGAGGAACGACGAACGAGGAACAACGGUGGAAGAAGUGGUCGAAUUACGCUAGCACGUGGCCCGCAAUAUAGGCCGUUCAUAUAAUGCUUCUUUUAAAUACCACCUCCUAACAUCAAUACUCAUGUUACCCCAUAUACCUGCGCCG